AUGGAGCAAACUACUGAAGGAGCACGAGAAUUUGAUAUAUUCUACAUCGACUAUAAGGAUUACUAUGAAUGUAUUUGCUAUCCACAGACGUGUGCUGUUGAUAUUCCCGAUUACAUACAUCUUAAUGUUACUAGUGAGGAACAUCUAUUCUCAUCCUAUCUAUAUGAAGAUUUUGACCGUUCUUUCUGCGACCAAAAUGAUAUCACCACCACUGGAAGAACUGCUCUGAUUGCCGUGUAUACUUUGACAAUUACAUUAGCCUUAGUUGGCAACAUUGUUACUAUUCGCGUUCUAGCCGCUGGAUCUAGAGCCAAAUUAGAGAUGAAUAAGUUCCUGAUCAAUCUGGCCAUUUCCGAUAUCAUGAUGGCAGUGUUCUGUAUGCCUUUUACCUUCGUAUACGCCCUGUUAAGACGUUGGAUAUUUGGAGAAGUGUUGUGUCCCCUUAUAUUUUUCACACAGCAUCUUUCCCCAUUUGUCAGUAUAUUCACGUUGACUGCUAUUGGGAUAGAACGAUACCUGGCUGUCGUGAGACCCAUGGGAAGACACGUUUCCAGGCCCCACACAAACGUCAUUCUACUAAUGAUAUGGGCAAUAUCGGCAUCUUUAUCCACUGUGCAAUUAGUUCUUGCACGCGUCAAGAAAACCGAUAAUUCAAACAACACUAUAAUGUGGGAGUGUGACGAAUGGUGGAAUUCUUCUCUUCACGAGACUGUAUAUGAAAUAUGUAUUCUAGGCAUAACGUAUGUCAUGCCGCUCGGGGUACUCUGGUAUAGUUAUCAACGAGUGGCGUAUGUAUUAUGGAAACGAAAGUUACCUGGUAACGCAAAUGGGAAACGUGAUGCAUUACACUCACGGGCAAAAAUUAAGGUGAUCCGAAUGUUGGUUGCCAUUGUCCUAGCUUUUGGAAUCUGUUGGUUGCCUAUUAAUACAUUCAAUUUGGUAAUAUCCAUCAAAGACGAAUACCGCAAUUCGCCGUACUAUCAUGGCUCUGUGAUACGGGUCUUCCUGUGCGCACACUGGGUAGCCAUGGCACAUAGUUGUCUGAAUCCUAUCAUAUAUACAUGUUUGCACGAUGAAUUCAGGAGGGACUUCACUCACUUCCGUUCGAUAUGCAGAAGAACUGUUAUACGUAGAGGUAGAUCUAAGCGUAGAUCGAGUACGACGCAGACGACAACUACAUCAUUAUAUCUUAAGAGUAAAUAUGUUGCUACAACACAUGCUACUGUAUCCGAGUCCUGUUAA